UUAAUUUUUAUGUUCUUUCCUUUCUUUCUGUUUCUAACUUCACCAGAUACAUCCUUUCCUCUCCACAAAUCCUCAUUUGUUUCCCUAUUUAACCAAAGAUAUUCUCUCUUGUUUAUUUCUUCAUUUGUGAACUCAACUUCUCCCUGGAUCUGUGUUUCACUGUUGCUCUUUUGUUUGGUUUCACUGUUGCUCUUUUUGCUUGCUCUUUUACUUUCAGUCUUGAGGUAAGGUAGAAUGAGCCCUUGAGACGGAUUCAUCUCUAAUUGAAGUAGAAUUUGAUCAUCAUGUCUGAUCAUGUUGCAAAAUCAGAUCCCGAUAGUGAUGGAACAGCUAGGCGAUCUAUGAAUCAUUACCAAGCUGCUUGGAUGGAUCAUUGGAAGCAUACAAGUCAUAAACCAUCCACUGAGGUUCACAAUCAUUUACUGCAUUGUCGUGGACAAAAAAAGGAUGACCAUCACGAUUCCAAGCAGCAUCCUUUGCUUUCUGGGUCUGAAAUGGCAACCAAUACUUCGAAAUACACUGAACGAUUUAAAGAAGUUUCUGAAGCCAAAACAGUUGACACCAUGAAGAAGAGUCUGAGAACGGGUUCAAUGAAGUUGGGGAAAGAUAUCUUAGACGGGCAGCCCCUUCUGAUGUUCAUCAAUUCAGGGAAUAGGGAGAGUGCUGUGUCUUCAAAGAAUAAUGCGAGUACUUCAUCUAGUGGUGAGGCAGUGAAGUAUCAAAUCGACCUCAAUGAUGGCAAUAACUCUAUUAUUAAUAUGGGUAGAAGUGAGUGGGCUUAUCCUGAAAUGGAAUGUCCUUCUAGAGAACGUAAAUUUCAGCCUGAAGACAUUUCACAGGUUCCUGAGCAGCUGGUGAAAUCUCAAGAAUUUCUUGAAGAACACAGCGUAGCUGUGUCUCCAGCUCAAUCCUUCACAUGUCAACUUGAACACAUUGCUCAAUCAAGCCCUGUUGUAGCAUCCAAAGAGCACUUCAUGGAUUCUAAAUUUUGCAGCUAUUCUACCUCUUGGGUCCAUCGGAAGAAAGCUGAUGCCCUUUUCAAGUCCAGAAAACUGGGGAGUUCAUUAUCUAGGCAGAAUGAUGCACCUCUAUUACUUCAUGAUCGGUCAACAAACAAUAGUCAGAUACACUCUUUUCUUAAUAAACAUAGUCAGAAGGUGGAAAAUAAUUCUAAUAUUAGAUUACUUCCAAGCUUGGGCUGUCCUGAGGCAAUGAAAUCAGAAAAAGCAUAUGAUGAAUAUUUCUUGCUGCCAAGAAUACCUCAUUCUGUUCAUAAUGGCAAGACGAUGAGAAUAUGUACCACUAUAGAUUCUGCGGAAGAAUUACCCAAAGGCCCUUCCAAGUUUUCUCAGACAACUCACCAAUUUUUUAUUACGAAGAAGACUGGUGUUAACUUAACUGAAGGAGGACAAGUGUUCAGAGAUGCCAUAGUCUCCCCCAAAUUGAAGGGAAAUAUAUUCAAUGAGUUCCUGAGCUUAUCCCCCAAUAUCAGUUUCCAUGGUCAGCAAGGGGUGAAACUGCAACCUAUAGAGAGCUCCACAGAUGGUGAAGGAAAAGAUAAUGCUGGAGAUGUCAGAACUUCUUCUGUUUGUUUAAAGAAUGAAUCAUCAGUUGAAACUGAUGCUAUGGAAUUGGAUGUUUUCCAGAAGAGCCACCUUUCAAGUGUGGCUUUAUGUCCGUCAGAUCAGAACAUCAAAGGAGUUCAUAAUUCAUCAUUACCUGAAACUGAGAAUGCUACCGGAGAAGAAGCUGGGAAUAAAAUGGUCAACACUGAAUUACCUGAUAUGAAUGAAGGGCUUCCUGCACUUCCAGCUGUAGCAAACUCAAUAGAUGAUGGAGAGACAAGUACCUCAAGAACCCAGAGUUUAGAUGCGGAGCAUCUCCUUUGCCAUGUUAAGCCACCCUCAAAUUUCAAUACCGCUGCUUGUCCGGAUAGUCCUCUGGAACCAGAGCCAAGUAGCAGAUGGAUUAAACGUCUCAAGUUGAGCACUUCAGAUCCUUUUGCUCAUGGUACUAAGAGCUCUAAAAUUGAAGAAGUUUCAUCCUGUGAAAAGGUUAACAAGAUAUUCUGCAAAACUAGUUCCGAACCCACAAUAGCUAGAAGCCAUGUGGGACCACAACUGGCCUUUGAUCAAACUGCAACACAAUUAAAGAACGGUGACUCCACUUCCGGUGAUUCAGUGAGGAAAAGUCAAGAAAUAUAUCUUUCACGUUCUUGGAUUCACAGAUGGUGUCGUCACAAAGCUAUGUCUCCAAACAAGAAGCUUGAUGCUGCGGUGCCAUGUGAACCACAGAGUUCAAAGGCAACAUCGGAUGAACUCCAAAGGAAGCAGUUUCCAAGCAUUGCAGCUAUGGCUCUGAUGGGGAGAGCCAUAAGCGGUUUUCAUCCUUGUGAAUUUAGAAGAAAUGGGUCGUUGAUAGUUUGGAACACUUAAGAGGAUUUUGAGCUAAUUCUAGCUAAAAUCAUUCAUGGUGGGAAAAACAAAGUGACGCAUUAGGUGAUACCAGUUCUGUUGGUAGGUGCCAUUUGUUGAUGAGAGGAAACCUUGACUUUGUGCCUUGCCCUUGGCGAAGGGAACGUAGAACUUUUUUUGUGCUAUACAUUUUGGUUUGUUUUUCAGCUAAGCAUUACAGACUCCAACCACAACCAAUUAUCAUUUUGUUUGCAUAAGUGAUUGUAAUUCUGUCUCCUCUGCCCCUACUUUAUUGCUUUCUCUUUCUCCAUUAAGAAAACAAGAUGAAUUAGCAAAAGUUCUCUUGAAUAUGCUUGGACUUGGAAGCUUGUAUUAAACUAUAGUUAAAUUGUCAUGAAUCA